AUGGGGAAGACUAAAAGAGCAGCAUCCCAGGACCACUCCGGCCCGACGGGGACCCGAUACCCGCCUGGCCCGAUGGACGGGUUUUUGGCGACGCCACGAGGCCUCCGAGAUGGCGGGGACUCUGACACCCCGGGCCCCACAUCCCCUGGAUCAAGCGCCACCACCUCAGGUAGAGGCUCCCCGAUGUCGGGUACCCUGCAUCAACUGGCGGCAGACGUCGCCCGAAUUACAGCUAGCAUGUUAACGCGCGCAGACAAGGCGGACAUGGUGUCCGAACUGCGCGCCAUCAUCAGGGAGGAGGUGGCGGUGCUGCGGACUGACCUCAAUGCCCUGGAGCAGCGUGUAGAUGGGCUUGAGACCGGCCGCCUGCAAGCCGACCAGCGCCAGCAGGCUACGGACCUGGCUACUACCCGGCAGGGGAAUAUCCUGUUAG